GAAAAGAAAAAGGGUAAGACUGGUAGUGGUUGGGAGAGGAGCUGAAGGAGCGUGGGGAUUAAGUAAACAAAGAGGUCACAGGCGGUUGGAAAUCAACUUCGCAUUCCAAGUGGGUGCAGGUGGCGCAGACAUGAAACACCCCUACCUUGUUUUGACUCACGAAUAUCGUCACUAUACUUCCUCUAUCUUCAAAUAAAAUGAAUAAAUAAUUCUAACUCUGCUUUCACCCCCGGAAAACAUUGAACACUUCCCUCUCUCUCUCUCUCUCUCCCUCAAGGAUGGCGUUUUUAACCAAGCUGUCCAAGGCUUCUUCAUUCGGCAGAGCCUGCCUAACUCGCUGCAUGAGCAACAUCCCGGAGAACACCGUCUAUGGCGGCCCAAAGCCUCAAACCGCCAACCAGAGGGUCACCCUUAACCAGUUGAAGCAAAAAUAUAGAAAGGGUGAGCCCAUCACCGUUGUCACAGCCUAUGACUACCCAUCAGCGGUCCACCUCGACACCGCUGGCAUCGAUAUCUGCCUCGUUGGAGACUCUGCUUCCAUGGUCGUUCACGGCCAUGACACCACUCUGCCUAUCUCACUCGACGAGAUGCUCGUUCAUUGCAGGGCUGUUGCUCGUGGUGCCAAGCGGCCGCUUCUCGUAGGUGAUUUGCCUUUUGGGACCUAUGAGACCAACACCAGUCAGGCAGUUGAUACGGCGGUUAGGGUCUUAAAGGAAGGAGGGAUGGAUGCGAUCAAAUUGGAAGGAGGGUCCCCUUCGAGAAUCACUGCGGCAAAAGCCAUUGUUGAAGCUGGAAUCGCGGUUAUAGGACAUGUCGGACUUACUCCUCAGGCAAUUAGUGUACUUGGGGGAUUCAGGCCACAAGGCAAAAAUGUUUCCAGUGCCGUCAAGGUUGUGGAGACUGCAAUGGCUUUGCAGGAAGCUGGAUGCUUCUCUGUUGUUUUGGAAUGUGUGCCAGCACCUGUGGCUGCUGCAGCCACAUCUGCUCUUCAAAUUCCCACAAUUGGCAUUGGAGCUGGACCCUUUUGCAGCGGACAGGUGCUAGUAUACCAUGAUCUACUCGGAAUGCUGCAACACCCACAUCAUGCAAAGGUUACUCCAAAGUUCUGUAAGCAGUAUGCUCGCGUAGGAGAUGUCAUCAAUAAAGCUCUUUUGGAGUACAAGGAAGAAGUAACAAAUGGUUCAUUCCCCAGUCCUUCCCACAGCCCAUACAAAAUGAAUGCUGAUGAUGUGAAUGGUUUCUUUAAGGAGUUAGAGAAAUUGGGUUUAGACAAGGCAGCAUCUGCAGCAACUGAAGCAGCUGAGAAAAUGGAUACAGCACACAAUGCCCAGACGCCAAGAAGCCCCAAAGAGACUAAAUAGGCUCGAGUUUCUGCAGCUUUGCCUUAAAUCAAAUUUAUUUAGGAACAAAAUAAUGCCAUUCUUUUCGGCAUAUUUUUUUUUUUUUGGAGCUCUUAGUACUGCUCAACUGUUCGAAUGAAAUAAUUAUUGAGCUGAAUUGGCAGAUUUGCCCUUUUUUUUUUCAUGGUUGAGGAAUGGCUUUUGUAUGAACUUAAGUGAUCUUGGAGCUAUAAUCAGAUUGCAAUUCUUAUUUGAAUUA